AUGGGUGGUUUUAGUGUUGUGGGUAUCAUUCCAAUUCUUAUCGUUAUUGUUGGUGUGAUGAUGGAGUAUUCGUCACCUUUGGUUUAUGGCAAGAAAGGAAAUGUAACCAUGAGAGUCCUGAACACGAUAGGUCCAGGAACGAAAUUGCAUUUGCAGUGUGAAUCAAAAGACCAAGAUCUGGGAGAGAAGGCAUUGGAUUACAAGCAGGAAUAUUCAUGGGUUUUCGCUGAUAACCUGGGUGCCACUUUUUAUAAUUGUGAUUUCUGGUAUGACAGGAAUGGUGUUUACAUAGCUUCUCAUGUAGAAGUUUAUAACCCAAAAAGAGAUACCCUUUGCGAGGACUGCCUUGUUGAUGUUGCACGUGAUGGUGUUUACCUUGUAAACAAUCAGCACUACUACGCAAAACAGAUAGAUUGCUUUGGUAAUAAUCAUUUCAAAAUUAAGGAACUCAAGGAAGAGUUGGAGCAGCUACAAAGUCUCCCUAUGGAUCGUUAUUCUCAAGAUAAGAAGAACGCCAUCAUCUUUGCUCUUGAAAGGGAGUUGAAUAGAGAAGAAAUUCACUGGAAGCAAAAAUCAAGAAUUGAUUGGCUUAAAAAAGGGGAUCGUAAUCCAAGAUUCUUUCAUGUUUUGACUCUUAGAAGAAGAUACAAUAACAGAGUUUUGAAGCUUAAGAAUCCUGAUGGGUCUUGGACUUCUUCUGCAAAUGAAAUGGAAUCGGUUCUUUGUGACCACUUUAAAGAUAUCUUCAAAGAGGAACCUAUGGAUAUUUCUGCUGUUGAUGAAGUUCUUCAAAGCGUGAGCCCUGUUAUUUCUAUGGAGAUGAAUGAAGAGUUGAUCAGAAUUCCUUGUAUUGAAGAGGAGGAUAUCUACAAAUUCGUGGUGAAUUUUUUCAAGAAUGGUAUUUUCUCACCUGAUUUGAAUAAAACUCUUAUUUGCCUAAUUCCUAAAGUGAAGGAGGCUGAUUGUGCUGACCUUUUUCGGCCCAUCAGUCUGUGUACGGUUAUGAUGAAGCUGAUCACAAAGCUCCUAACUGCUAGACUCAAAAAGAUUCUGGAUAUGGUUAUUGAUCCUUCUCAAUCUACAUUUAUUCCUGGCAGGUAUAUCUCUGAUAAUAUUCUUAUUGCUCAUGAGUUAUUUCAUUUUAUUAAAAAAAGGAAAAUGAAUACAUCCUCUCAAUAUAUGGCUAUUAAACUUGAUAUGCGUAAGGCAUAUGACCAGGUCAAUUGGUAUUUUAUCGAGCGACUUCUUCUCAAAUUGAGCUUCUCAGUUGCUUGGGUUCAAUUGGUCAUGUCAUGUAUCAAGUCUAUUUCUUAUAGCCUAUGGUCGGAAAGUGAGCAUAUUAUUCCUUCAAGAGGAAUCCGUCAAGGAGACCCAUUAUCUCCUGCCAUUUUCAUUAUCUAUGCUAAAGCGCUUUCAACUAUUAUCAGAUCUGCAAUCAGUAAAGUAGAUAUUCAUGGGAUUCGUAUUCGGAAUCGGGGUACUGCAUUUUCUCAUCUUUUAUUUGCAGACGACUGUUUCCUUUUCUGCAAGGCACACAUUGAUGAAAUCUCAGCCUGGAAAAAUAUUCUUGAUCUUUAUUGUAGGGCCUCGGGUCAAGAAAUUAAUUUGAAAAAAUCUUCCAUUAAUUUUAGUCCCAAUCUCUAUUCCCGGCUCAAAAGAUGGUUCGCUCGUACCUUGAAAAUACCAUAUGGGGAUGGUCCUUCAAAAUAUUUGGGGGUUCCUACGGACUUUGGAAUUUCUAAGAAGAUUCUAUUUCAAAAUACAAAGGAUCGAACUCUUUCAAAGCUUCAAGGCUGGAAGAAGUCACUACUCUCUUCAACUGGAAAAGAAGUAUUACUUAAGUCCUCUGCUCUUCCAAUGGUAAAUUUUGCUUCUUCGCAUUUCAAGCUUCCUAUUUCUCUUACUGAUGAGAUUUCCCAAGCUUCUUCCAAUUUUUUCUGGGAAGAUGAUUCUGAUAAAAGUAAAAUUCAUUGGGUUUCUUGGGAGAGUAUGUGUAGAUCGAAACAGAAAGGUGGUCUGGGAUUAAGGGAUCCUCACACAACCAAGCUCUGCUGGCGCGCUAAAUUGGGCCAUCAACCUUCUUGGGGUUGGCGUAGCUUGUUGGAAGGUAGGGAUCAUCUCCUUCUUGGACUUAUUUGGAUUGUUGGUAGAGGUGAUAAAAUUUCAGUUUGGAAUAAUAAUUGGAUUCCCUCUUCUCUAAAUUUUAAAGUACAUUCUUUGAAGCCCGAAAAUUGCAAUAUUGAAAAAGUUUCUGAUCUCAUUGAUGCCCGAUCAAGAUGCUGGAGAUUAGACUUAAUCAAUGAAAUAUUUUUACCAAUGGAUGGGAUCGAAUGCUAUUCUGAAAUUCGGUUAAGCCUUUAUCCCCAUGAUGAUAAACUUGUGUGGGGUACUAAACAGUCGGGGAAAUUUUCAGUCAGAUCUAUGUACCAUCUCCUAAAUAAUAGGAGAGCAGCUUCUAUUGUGGACCACCCCAAUUCUUCCUCAGAUCCUAAAGCAUACCACUUGAUGAAAGAAUUUUUUUGGAAACGCAUUUGGCAUGCUCAUACUCUUCCUAAAAUUAAGCUCUUUAUAUGGAAGUGUUGUGCGGAUGGGAUUGUUGCUGGUGUCGGCCUAAUUUCUAGAAAUAUUCCUAUUAAUCCUUCUUGUCAAAGAUGUGGAGCAGAAAUGGAAUCAGUGGGUCAUAUUUUCCUCAAUUGCCCUUUUUCAAAAGCUGUUUGGUUUGGCUCGUCUCUUUCUCAAAAGGUCAAUUUUCCAUUGCAAGUUACUAUGAGCGAUUGGUUUCAAGCAUGGCAUCCUUUGUUUUCUGCGGAUAAGAAGAUGGCUCAAGAUUUAUUUUCUCAAGCUUCAUUUUUAUUAUGGUAUAUCUGGAGAGCUAGAAAUGAUAUUAUCUUUAAAAACAAACCUUGGUCGCCGUUGGAGGUUAUUCAAAUGGCGGAAAAAGCUUUCGUAGAAUUCCAGCUUGCAAAUAAUCCACCUUACUCUACUCAUACUCUGGAGCCAAUUCGUAUUUUGGAUUCUAUUUCUACUCAUAGUUGGAUUCCUCCUACACCUUCUUGGGUUAAAUUGAAUGUUGAUGCAGCUUGGAGUAAAGGAUCUAAGAAAGGUGGUCUUGGAAACGUUAUAAGAAAUCACUUUGGCCAUCCUUUCUUGGCUUAUUCGGUUGGUGUUAAUUGUGACUCUGCUUUCAUUGCCGAGGCCGUUGCUAUUCGGUCUGGCCUUCUUCUUGCUGCUAGGGGUGAUUUAAAAAAAGUCUUGGUGGAGCCAGAUUGUUAUUCAUUAAUUCAACAGCUAUCAUCUUCUGAUCCAGAGCUUGCCAUUCAGAGUAUUCAUCAUGAUAUUGUUCAGCUUCAGAAAUCUUUUGAUGAUUGCUCUUUUUCUUUUGUUCCAAGUUUAUAUGUGAAGUGA